UCAGCAUUGAUCAGAAAAGCAGAAACUAGAGGGGACAUACAUGGAGUUAAAAUUUGUAGAAAUGCUCCUAUUAUCUCUCAUCUUCUCUUCGCAGAUGACUGUUUUAUGUUUUUUAAAGCAUCUGACCAUGAGGCGUUGGCUAUGAAGAACAUUCUUGCUACAUAUGAAGAGGCCUCCGGUCAAUCCAUCAAUUUGCAAAAAUCAGAAUUCUAUUGUAGCCGUAAUGUUGCUGCUUCUGUUAAAGACUCUGUUGCAUCCAUCUUAGGAGUGCAACAAGUAUUAGGAACUGGUAAAUAUCUUGGGCUCCCGUCGAUGGUGGGUAGGAGUAGAAAAUCCACUUUCAAGUUUAUCAAAGACAGGAUUUGGAAAAAAAUAACUUCUUGGAGCAGUAAAUGUUUAUCUCAAACAGGCAGAGAGAUUUUAAUCAAAUCGGUCCUACAAUCAAUCCCGUCCUAUGUUAUGAGCAUAUUUCUAAUUCCAUCCUCCCUUUGUGAUGAGAUUGAGAAGAUGAUGAACUCGUUUUGGUGGGGACAUAACAAGGAGCAGUCUAAAGGUAUUCAUUGGCUAUCUUGGGAUCGUUUGUCAAUGCCCAAGAAUGUGGGUGGCUUGGGGUUUAAAAGCAUUAGUGCUUUUAAUUAUGCAAUGCUUGGAAAACAAGCCUGGAAAUUCAUGACUAGUUCAGGUAGUUUAAUCACUCGUCUUUUCAAAGCUAGAUACUUUCCUAGAAGUGAUUUUCUUCAGUCUAGCAUUGGUCACAACCCAAGUUAUGUUUGGCGAAGUAUUUGGAGUGCAAAGUUCAUUGUUUGUGAUGGUCACAAGUGGAGCAUUGGGUCAGGUCACAAUAUUUCUAUAUGGGACCAACAAUGGCUUGUUAAUGGUGCUGUGAUUUCUAAGCCACCGAACUUGGUAGAGGAACUUCACCAGCUGGAUGUUUCAGAUUUGUUUGGUGAUGAUGGUAAGCAUUGGGAUGUUAAUUUAGUGAAUUCCUUGUUUGAUGCCUCAGUUGCAGAUAUGGUGUUGAGAACCCCUCUUUUCAAUUCAGUUAAUCAUGAUAAGAUAAUUUGGAGACAUGAAAAGGAUAGAACAUAUUCCGUCAAGAGUGCUUAUCGACAAUGCGUUGAGAAUAUCCUUGAUACAACUAUCUUCAAGUUUCUGGCAACUGGAGUUUUCUUUGGAAAUCUAGAAUCCCUCCUAAAAUUAAAAAUUUCAUUUGGCGUCUGUGUAGAAAUUGUGUUCCAACUAGAGCUCGCCUUAACCAAAAGGGUGUUAAUUGCUCUGAUAUGUGUGUGGAAUAGCAUUCAAAUUUGGCAGAGGUGUGGGUUGUGGCAUCAAGUUCAACAUUCCUUAAACACUACUACAAGUGUAUCAGGAUGUGUGCUUGAACUAGCACAACAUAUGGCAGCAGACCACUUUUCACUCUUCUCAGUUUUGCUUUGGAGUUGGAACCAAGCACAAGAAAUGAAACAAAAGCAAAGUAGAAUUCAACCAACUAUAGCGGGUACUAGGUGGUCCAAACCAUCUAUUGGAAGGUACAAAUGUAAUAUAGAUGCAUCCUUCUCCACUAUUCUCAACAAAGUGGGUAUAGGAGUAUGCGUUAGAGAUGAUCAAGGAAGUUUUGUACUUGCUAAGACAGAAUGGUUCUCUCCAAUUAUGAAUGUGGACAUUGGUGAGACAUUGGGAUUGUUGCAUGCCAUGAAAUGGAUUCAAGAUUUACAACUGGAGCAUGUGGAUUUCGAGCUUUACUCACAAAUUGUUGUAACUAAAUUUCAUAGUAAGAAUAGAGAUGAGUCUGAGCUUGGUGAUAUUAUUAAGGACUGUAGGACCAUGUUUAACACACAUUUUAGAAACUCUCGGGUUGAGUAUAUUAGGAGACAAGCCAAUGAGGUCGCUCAUGUAUUAGCAAGAGAGGCCACAUCCUUAGCUAGUUUCCACAUUUUCAUUGAUGUUCCCCUUUGUAUUGUGAUAUUAUUAUGA